UCAGACAACUACCUCAUAUAAUCACUGUGUGUGUGUGUGUGUGUGAGAGAGAGACUGUGUGUGUGUGUGGGUCUCAGUGUCUCUUUAAAGGCGGACUUGACUUCCUGGACUGGUCACGUGUCCCAUACUCAGUGUCUUACAGCAGGCUCUGUGUGUGUGUGGGUGUGUGUGUGUGUGUAUAUAUAUAAAGUGACAGGACGUGUCCUCUCUGGUCUCUGGUGAAGAUGCAGUUCCCGCUGCUGCUGCUUCUUUUCUCUGCCGCCGCGGACCUGUCCGGUACCGCGGACCUCCGGGAGACGGGGCUCAGCAUCCCUGCCUCCGCCCCCCCGCUCCUCCUCUGUCCACAGCCCGGAGCACCGCGCGACCUUGCGCCACCCGGUCUUGCGUCGGCCCGAUCAGCCGUGGGGGAGCCCGAGGAGGCGCAGAAUGUCGGUCAUCACGGCGGCGGGUUCCGGGUGGUCCAGUGGGAGUGGACCUAUGUCCAGACUCCGUACAUCAUCGCCAUGUGGCUGCUGGUGGCCAGUGUAGCCAAGAUCCUGUUCCAUUUCUCUCAGCACUUCACCACCGUGGUUCCAGAGAGUUGCAUGCUGAUCCUGCUGGGUCUGGUUCUGGGCGGAGUUGUGUUGGUAGCCAAUAAGAAGCAACUGUAUCAACUUGACCCCGCCCUCUUCUUCCUCUUCCUGCUCCCGACCAUCGUGGGUGACGCCGGGUACUUCAUGUCGGCCCGCCUCUUCUUUGACAACCUGGGCGCCAUCCUGACGUAUGCCGUGGUGGGAACGCUGUGGAACGCCUUCUGCUGCGGCUUCAGUUUGUAUGCUGCCAAACUGCUGCAGGUCAUAGAUGAGCGUGUGCAGGCUGACCUCAUGGACUUCCUGUUGUUUGGCGCUCUGAUCUCAGCCGUUGACCCGGUGGCGGUUCUUGCCGUGUUCGAAGAAGUUCACGUCAAUGACACGCUCUUCAUCAUCGUGUUCGGAGAAUCUCUGGUUAACGACGCCGUCACCGUGGUCUUAUAUAAAGUGUACAUUUCUUUUGUGGAGGUAGGGGUGGAGAACGUGGAGACAGCAGACUACUUCAAAGGCGUGGCCUCCUUCUUUAUCGUCAGCAUCGGUGGGACUCUGGUGGGUGUGGUGUUCGCUGUCAUCCUGGGCUUCAUCACUCGCUUCACUAAGAAGGUCCGUAUCAUCGAGCCACUCUUCGUCUUCCUGCUCGUCUACCUGGCAUACCUGACCGCCGAGCUCUUCUCGCUGUCCGCCAUUUUGUCAAUGACUUUCUGUGGCAUCGGAGCCAACAAAUACGUGGAGGCCAACAUUUCGCAGAAGUCUCGGACAACGGUGAAGUACACGAUGAAGACGCUGGCGAGCAUCGCAGAAACCAUCAUCUUCAUCUUCCUUGGCAUCUCCGCCGUCGACAAGUCCAAGUGGGCGUGGGACACGGGCCUGGUGUCCUGCACCCUCGUCUUCAUCUUUGUCUUCAGAGCUGUGGGUGUGAUUGGUCAGACCUGGGUUCUGAACCGCUUCCGGCUCAUCCCAUUGGACAAGAUCGACCAGGUGGUGAUGUCGUACGGCGGCCUGCGGGGGGCGGUGGCGUUUGCUCUGGUGGUGCUGCUGGAUGGCAAGCGGGUCAAAGCCAAAGAUUAUUUUGUGGCAACAACCAUUGUGGUGGUCUUCUUCACGGUGAUGUUCCAGGGUCUGACAAUCAAACCUCUUGUGAAGUGGCUGAAGGUUCCUCGUUCCUCGAGCAGGAAGCCAACCAUCAAUGAGGAGAUCCAUGAGAGGGCCUUUGACCACAUCCUCACAGCAGUAGAAGACAUCGCAGGACUGCAGGGUUACCACCACUGGAGAGACAAGUGGGAGCAGUUUGAUAAGAACUACCUGAGUAAACUGCUGCUCAGAAAGUCUGUGUACAGGAAGAGUGAACUGUGGGAGGCUUAUCAGAAAAUUAACAUCAGAGACGCCAUCAGUGUCAUUGACCAGGGUGGAAACGUCCUGACCUCAGCUCGCCUCUCUCUUCCUUCGAUGGCGAGCAGAGCUUCUUUCCCUGAGUUCACCAACGUCACCAACUACCUGCGUGAGAACGGCAGUGGUGUGUGUCUGGAUCUGCAGGUGAUCGAUAACGUCCCCGGAGCCAAAGUAGAGGAAGACACAGAGACUCAUCACGUCCUCGCAGAGAAUCUGUACAAACCCAGGAGACGGUAUCAAUCCCACUACAGUCGUCACUUCAUGUCUCUGGGGGAGAAGGAGCGUCAGGACCGUGAGGUUUUCCAGAGGAACAUGAAGAGUCGAAUGGAGACUUUCAAGUCCACUCGUUACAAAAGACACAAGAAGGAGCGAAGUCUCAAGAAGCGUCAAGGACUCGACAGAGACAAACCCAGACGUAACGUCAGCUGGCAAGACACAGAUCCAGUGUUUGUUUCCGUGGAGUCAGACGAGGAGAAAGACGAACACUCAGACGCAGAGAAAGAGGAAGAUGUCGGGAUUACCUUCGUAGCUCGCAGAACUGAAACACCGAAACCACGACCAAAGUCAGUACCACCUGCUGUGGGGGAUAGUCACAGUCCGACAGCUGCUCCCCCUUCACCUACCAACGGGGGCAGUCUCUUACCGUGGAAGGGCAGUGUGAGCUCACCACCACCCUGUGUGUCUGUUGAGGCCACAAAGAUCAUCCCUGUGGACCUGCAGCAGGCCUGGAACCAGAGCAUCUCCUCUCUGGAGAGCGUCUCUUCCCCUCCCACCCACACAGAGCCCGUCCACCCUCGGGUGUCUGCCCUCUCAAGACUGGGAGUACCACGCCCAAUUUCCUACUCACCGCCGGGCAGCGUAGGGGGCUGCACCUCUUCCAUAGGAUCACAGGUGGUUCAGAGCUCCCUCUGUUUCCCCGAGAAGAAGAAAGAGCAGGAGAUGGAGGAGGAGCAAGAGAAGGAAGAAGAGGCAGAGCUUCAGCCUCUUCUGGCACCUCCCACCUCCCUGACGAAACCGCCACCUCCUCCAGGCUCAGCCCCCAGCUCAGGGAAGAGGAGGAAACCGUCAGUCUACCUGAGGAGUCUGGUGACAACGCCCUCAACUGGCAGCAAUGAGCCACAUAGCCGAGAUCCCACUCAGCUGUAGAACCCAGGCAUCAUCCAUGUUCCUGGGUUUAAUUCUGAAGUUAAUCAACCAUGUUUCUGUGUUUAAUCCUGAGGUUACUCAUCCAUAUUCCUGGGUUUAAUCCUGAGGUUAAUCAACCAUGUUUCUGUGUUUAAUCCUGAAUGUAAUCAUCCAUGUUACUGGGUUUAAUCCUGAAAUUAAUCAUCCAUGUUUCUGUGUUUAAUCCUGAGGUUAAUCAUCCAUGUUCCUGGGUUUAAUCCUGAGGUUAAUCAUCCAUGUUCCUGUUUUUAAUCCUGGGGUUAAUCAUCCAUGUUCCUUUGUUUAAUCCUGAAUGUAAUCAUCCAUGUUCCUGGGUUUAAUCCUGAGGUUAAUCAUCUAUGUUCCAGAUUAUAAAACUCUACUCAGUUUGAUGACUCGUACUCACUGAGGGGCGUGUCCUCUUCUCUGAACCAACUCCUCCUCUCUGUGACAGUGAGCUGAGCUGGUGUGCGUUGACUCAUCUUCACACCUCAGGCAAAUGACACAUUAUUGUCACGUGUCAGUGUGAUGUCAUCAUGUUUGUCACUUCCUGUAUUUGUAUUUGCUGUUAAAA